CGCGAGUUUAACAAAUCUGAAUAAUGGGUACCUUCAUAUUUCGUUUGUUUGCUACUUCAGUUCUAUAAGAAACGGAUGUGAAAAAGAAAAAAUAAUUUAUAAGAAAGAAAAAUAUAUCAUAAAGGUUUUAAUCAAGAAGAAGAAGAAGUUGAAAAGAGACUGUUAAUCUGUGUUAAUUUCUCGCACCUUGCGUGAGUACAGACGCUCCAUUGUUGGUGUUAAACUAUUGUGCACGCUUCCUGGAUGAACGCGGUUGUGUAACAGCACCGGAAGUUUGUUUAUGGGUUUGAUAGAAUUGUGGAUUAAAAAAAAAGAACAGGAAGAAUUUUUGAAUAGAAAGGAACAGAAUUAUUAACCGACAAAAUAUUUGAUAGUACUUGUUUCAUUUUUUGCCGUUCUUCGUUAUGACUUCCAAAAUUGAAAUAUUAAGCUCCGGAAAUGUUAGAUUCAAACCGGAAACAUGCGCAGAAAUAAGCAUGAUCAAAUCUCCGGACAGCAAGGUGAGAAAAAUCCGUGAGAAGAGAAGGCACCGGUUAGGUUCAGAUGGAAAGAUUUCUGAAAAAGGUAUAUUGGGGUAUCGAAAGGAUGGCACACCAUUUCUUACAACAAAAGAAGAACAAUCCAUCCAAACCUUAAAAUGGCUGGAAGAAAAUUUUAUCAGAUGUCCUGGUGUAUGUUUGCCUCGAUGUAUCAUGUAUGCUCACUACCUCAACUUUUGUCAGGAGUAUAAAUUUCGCCCUGCAUGCGCAGCUACAUUUGGAAAGAUUAUUCGACAGAAAUUUCCAGAGCUUACAACUAGAAGACUGGGUACUAGAGGUAAUUCCAAAUAUCAUUACUAUGGAGUGGCUAUCAAAGAAAGUUCAUCUUAUUAUCACACGGUUUAUUCUGGAAGAGGACUGACAAGGUUUUCCGGAUCAAAGCUGUUGAGUGAGAAUGAUGCUUCGAGAAAAAUUAUGUCAUCAGCUAAAUCAGGCACUUUGUUACCGGACUUUCCAUCACCAUCGCAACUUGUUCUCCCAAAUAACGUUGAAAUGUGUAAAAUGGACACACUGAUGAUAAUGUAUCGAACACAUUGUCAAUGCAUACUUGAUACAGCAGUUUCAAAAAACUACGAAGGAAUUCAUCAGUACCUAGUUCAUUUCUGGCAAGGUAUUCCAAAACAUUUAAAGUCAUUGUUUGAAGUACCAGAAAUUGUUAGCUUGGUAUGCAUAUGCGAUUCUAUCAUGUAUAUGGUUUUAAAUGACAUACUUGUUCCAGUAACAUUGGAAGAAAUAACAGAUCAAUCAUUAUCAGAAAUCAGAAAUUUUGUGCAGUCUUUAGAAGUAUGGCUUCAGGAUGGUUUAAAAGAUGGGAAUACUAUGCUAAUAGAAAAUAAACUCCAAGUCGCACGGAGGUUUGUCCAAGCAGUAAAAAGACAAGUUUCUUUUCUCCAUCUUGCUCAAUCGUUCCGGGAAGUAUUAUCCGAUAAAACAAUAGCCUCCAAUCUACUCAAUGAACUUGACAGUAUGGAUAUCAAAUCCAUUGGAGCACAAGCUAUUUACACAACAGUUGACUGCAGUCAGGACCAAAAUGAUCUACACGAAGAAUAUCUGCGAGAAUUAAAAGAACUUUUGCGUGGAGAAGCUUCAGUCGAAACUUAUAUCGAGUGGUUGGAAGGAAUUUAUCAAACCCAAGUAUUAAAGUUUUGCGAAACAGAUUAUGUAUCGUUCAAACUCCGCGCACAAGAAUUUUUAUUAUCCUGGUCAUUUUUUGGUACAAGAGUCAUGCAUAUGUUAACGUUAAAUAAUUCAAGGACAUAUGGUCCCUUUCAUUUAAUACGAAUGAUGUUAGAUGAAUAUUUGUUACUUAUCACGGAGACAAGAUUUUAUAAACAAGAGCAAACAGAACUUCAAAAGUUAUCAGAAAAACUAAUCAAAGGUACAACAGAGCAAGGAUUAAGGAUUUCCAAUAUAGUCACGAAAUCAAAGUUUGGAGCUCCAACAAAACCUCCAACUAAACACAAUACAACUCAAAAGGUUCAACAAAAAUCAGUCAACUCUCCUCUUCCGCCAUUUUCAUCGCUACAAGCAACACAAAACUUUCUAAAGAUGAAUAUUUUACCGAACGAUUCCUUCAGUAAAAGAUAUGGAGAAGUAAAUGAUCCAGCUUUUACAACUUUAUUAACAUUAACUCCACCAUCAUCUCCAAUAGAACAAAAUUAUGGAGAUAGUUCACAUUAUAGGGGAGAUGCUAAUAAAAAAGAAGUUUCUAGAAACGAUGGCGGUAAUGUAAAGUCAGUUUCAAGCAACGUAGAAAAUCUUGUCGAUGAACACUUUAGAAAUUGUGGCAUUGAUCAAUAUACAAAUUCUCCUACAUCAAAUGAACAAAAUGAAUUUUCUGUAUUUCUUCAGAAGUUCCUAUGCAGCCAGGAUCAAACAAUGAAUCCAUACGAAGUAUCAGAUGACGUGUAUUUACACAACAACUCAUCCGACGAUGAAGAGAUGACGUCACCACUUCAAUGUUCAUUUAGUCAGAUUCUAAAAGGAGAUGUUCUAUUUUCUGAUGAAAUGAAUGGCAACAACACAACAACAAACUCUGGCGAUAACUCUAAAAACUUAACUCUGUCAUUCAACAGUUACGCUAGAAAUAUGGCAUUUAUGGACAGUUUAAGCGAGCAAACAAUGGAGGAUGAUAUGUUUCCACUGCCUCAUGUUUCCACUUUAAAUGUCAAAGAACUUGAAAUGACAUUUUAAUAUCAACUUUGAUAUAUCUAACAUGAAUUCAAAACUUUUAUUUAAUAAAAAAUUGGGGGUCUGUAUAUUGGCACGUGUCUCUACUCUGUCUCUCUACUUUGUUGCGAAGCUGGUAUAUUUUUGACAGUAAAAAAAGAAUUUAAUGAAUUCCUUGUAAAAGUAUAUUUAAAUCUUAGCUUCAAUGUUAGCUACAUUUUGGUUCCAUAAUUUUAUAAAUACCCAUACAUGUCCCAUAUCUGGUUUAAUUAAUAUCAAACAGCAAUGUCCUAUUUCUGAUUUGAACUUGGUGAAAACCUCAAGUGUAGGCUACAGAUAGUAUAUCGAAAUGUUGUACGUACUUUGUUGUUGAUGUAAAAAUAUUUUUAAGUUGUUAUAAAAUAUUGUAAAUAAAUGAUUAAAACAUUAAAAAUAUUAUAGUUGUGUUUUUACAACUAGAAGUGAA